UAAAUCAAUUUUUAUUUUUCUGUGCAUCUCUUAUUGUCAUAUAAUUAUGGAUACUCGUAUCAUUUGAGCAACAGAUUGGUAGCUUAGCAUUUGUCUGGGAGCACAAAGGGCUGCCAGAUAAAAAUUGGAAGUGUUAGGGCUGAUUGAUUGCAAUUGUUAAAUGAUUUAUCCAACGUAUACCAUUUUUCGGUCACUAACUUCAGGCUUUCAUCUGGAAAGAUCAUUGUACCAUGGAAGUUUCUUUGUUUGUUUGUUUUUUUUAAGUUAGUUUGUUUGAUAUUUGAGAUUAAAAAUAUUAUUUCAUGGUGCAGUUACUGAAUGGACAGGGGGCUUGUAUGUGUCUCCUACCAUAGCUGGAAGCCGGCCAGGGGGUCUGAUUGCUGGGGCCUGGGCAGCAAUGAUGUCUCUGGGUGAAGAAGGCUACUUAGUUAACACUAAAAAGAUAAUGGAAUUAUCAAGGAGAAUACAAGAAGGAAUCAAGGAGAUACCUGAGUUAUUUAUCAUUGGAAGACCAGAUAUGACAAUUGUGGCAUUUGGGUCUAAUGUUGUGGACAUCUUUGAAGUGAACGAUAUCAUGUCCUCCAAAGGCUGGCAUAUGAAUGCACUACAGAGACCCAAUAGCAUUCAUAUUUGCAUUACUCUUCAACAUGUACCAGUUGUUGAGGACUUCCUCCAGGAUCUGAGGGAAUCUGUACAAACUGUAAAACAAAAUCCAGGGCCGAUAAAAGGAGGCCUAGCACCGAUAUAUGGUGCCGCAGGGAGAAUGCCAGAUAGGGGCAUGGUUCAGGAAUUGUUGGUAAAUUACAUGGAUGGUAUAUGCUAGUGGGAUUCCUACUUGGAUCUGUUUCAAAUUCGGAUUUUUUUCAAUGUUUUCUAGACAUCAUAUCUGAUUCUUGUUCAAAAAGAAUUAAACAAUAAUUUGGUAAAAUGUUCCUCGUUUUUCA